AUGUCCGUCCACAGGCUCAAAGUCGGUAUGGCUGGUCUGGGCCGUGUUGGCAAGAUCCAUGUCAUUAACCUUUUGCAUCACACUCCUCGUGCUGAGCUCGUGGCAGCUUUCUCUCCUGACCCUGCAGAGAUUGCUUGGGGCAGGCAGAACCUGGAGCCAUAUGGUGUGACUCUCUAUGAUAACUACGACAGGAUGCUCGAGCAUCCCGGCCUAGCGGCAGUAGCCAUUGGUACAGCGACAUCUGUUCAUGCAGAGCAGACUAUUAAAGCCAUUGACCGUGAUCUCCACGUCCUCUGUGAGAAGCCAUUAUCAACCGAUAUUGAAGUGUGCAAAGCGGUGGUGCAGAAAGCAAAGACUAAGCCUCAUCUCAAAGUUAUGUGUGGCUUUUCUCGCCGAUUCGAUGAAUCUUACCGCGAGGUCCACGACAAAAUCACUCAAGGCCUGAUCGGUCGACCUUCUAUCAUCCGAAGCCAGACAUGUGAUAAAUUUGACCCCUCAGGUUUCUAUGUUGCAUAUGCAGCAUGGUCCGGAGGUGUUUUCGUUGAUAUGUCUGUCCAUGACAUCGACCUCACCCUGUGGUUCUUCGGUGAUGACUCAGUCCCUAAAAGCAUUUCCGCCCACGGAAUUACAGCUGUCCAGCCGGAGCUGAAGAAGUACAACGACUAUGACAAUGCAGUAGGGAUUGUCGAGUUCCACAACGGCAAAAUCGCCUAUUACUAUUGCUCUCGUAUGAUGGCACACGGUCAGGAAGACACGACAGAAGUUAUUGGCACUGAGGGUAAAUUAUCUGUUAACACCAACCCUCAGCGCAACUUUGUCAACUUUUAUCACUCCGGAGGUAUCACACGAGAAGUCCCUAGCAACUUCAUCGGCCGAUUCGGUGCUGCUUUCGUUAAGGAGGCGAAUGAGUUCACUGCUGCUUGUCUAGACAACACCCCUCUUCCGAUUAAACUGACCAACGCGGUUAAGGCCGUGGAAAUCGGUGCCUACCUCCAGGAGGCCCUAGUAACUGGGAAGCAAAUCCACUUCGAUGAGCUUGGAAGGAGGAUUGAGAAGCCUAUGCUGUGAAAGCGGGAGCUGAGUGAAAUCACUAUGGGAAGGGACUGUUUAUUUUGUGUUUUUUAUGAGCAAGGCAUUUUCAUAGCAUAGAUGUCGAUUUCUCAAAAUGCCGAAUUUUAUUACUGAGGAAGCCGGAAAGCAAAAGUCGAGACAAUUGUCUAAAUGAAUCCAACGGAUAGAGCCAUCGAGUUCAAGCGGCCAGCAACUCCUGAUGGGAAUGUCGCUAGGUUGAAUCGCACUUGCACCUAGCAAUUUGCUUGAGCACCUCACUUCGUAAUGUUUCAAAUACAACGUUGGUUUUUAUAAAUGUGUAGUACUAGUAUUUAUGAACUAUAGCA